AUGAGUAGUGUUCACUCACGCACCACCACCACCAUGUUGCCUCCUGGGGCGUCUAGGAAGCGGAAGGAAGUUGAGGCGUUUGUGAAGCCGAAAGCUGUGGGAGCCGACUCCGUUGUGUCGAAUCGCCUUCUGGCUGGCUACUUGGCUCAUGAGUUUCUCAGUAAAGGCACUUUGUUUGGGGAGAUAUACGAGCCGGCUCGAAGUGAAGCCGUUGGAAUGACUUGCUCGCGGCCAGCCGAGUAUAAGAAGACGAAGCCGGAAGCCGCUGCUGCGCCUAGUGUUGAAAAGGAAAAUCAGAGCUAUGCUGAGGUGGCAAGCAUCUUGAAGAUGGAGGGGGCCCACUUGCCUGGGAUUGUUAACCCGGCCCAGCUCGCUCGGUGGAUUAAAAUGUCUGUAAUGGAUGCAUGA